CGCGGCGUUGGAGUGGUUGUCGAGAAGGGCGCAUCGAGCUGCGCGCGGUUGCCAGCUUGGUAUGCUCACUGCAGCGCGCGCAAUGGCUUGCGCCCUGCUGGCGGGCGCAGCCACCGCGCAGCCUGUUUUCCCCGAUGGGGCAGGUGCGAUUAUUGGCGGCGUGGCAGCCCAGCAGCGCGCGACGCCCGCGCUGGUCGCCGACGACCGCGCCACGGUGCAACGCCUCGGGCGGGCCGCCGCUGCUCGUCUCGAGCAUGACCUCGCGGCGUCGAUAUUGCGGGAAGAAUUGAACGAGGCGGCGUACACAAUGGCCCACGUCCGAAUUUUGCAGCGAGUCUUCGCUGGAGGGUGCCCCCGCGACGUUACCAAGUGCCCGCGCGAAUGGGAUCGAACCGCGUCGGGGGCGUGCUCUCCGCCGUCGGAUUACGAUGGAUGGUGCGGCGACGUUGACGCGCGCGACAUGUCGCCUGCAGAGAUCGAGGCAUUUUCGUGGAAGUGCAAGGCAUCGUGGCCGUGCGCAGCCCCGUGUAAGCUGGAUUUCGGAUCAUGUCCAGUGGCGUGGAGGAGUCAAGGCAGCGGCGCGUGCGCGGCGCCCGCGGAAUACAACGGCAUGUGCAGACGCGCCGCUGAUUUUUCGAACCAGACUGCGUCGCAGAAGGCGUCGUGGGCGGCGAUGUGCGACGUCGCGUGGCUUGCCUUCGCCCUCGGGGCCAGUCGCUCGCGAAUCGCGAUUAGGAUGCGUUGCUUCGCAGGCCGUGCGCGUGAG